AUGCUCCUUUACCCACACCAAAAUAGCAGUAAAAAUAAACGUAAGCAAACCCAUAGUAGCAGUGGCGGCAAUAGCUUUUCCUAUAGAACACCCAUCGAUUCACCUGUUCCUUCAUCCAUAAAUAGAGAUUAUGAUGAUUCAGAAUUUGAUGAUAAUAUGGAUAUUAGUAGGAGCGAAGCUUGUUCUGACUACGAUGAUAUUGAAGAACCAUCAUCUAUAGAAGAAUUAAAAGGAUUAUUGAUGAAAUUCACUGCAAUGACACAUAUAAGACUUCAAUCAAUUUUACCUAUAUUGAUAGAUAAUGAUAUAGAUGAUCCUGAUAUUCUUUUAUUGAUUGACAACGAACAAUUUCUUCAUGACAUUCGGGGUAAAAAUGGUUCAGAGAUUAGUCGCGGCAAUAGCUUGUUACUCUGGCAUGGUAUACAAGAAUUACGUAAAAAAAGUAAUUCUAAUAUUAGUUCUGCCUUCCACACACCAAGAUCUUUUCUAUCAUCUUCUUCUUCAACCACUUCGUCAUCAUUAUCAUCAUCUCCCUAUUCAACUCCACCAUCUUCAUCUAGUUCUAGAAGUGUAUUGGUCAAUCAUGAUUUAAUUGCUUCAAGGUUAAUGAAUCCUCAAAAAAAAUCUAAAAAGCAAAAAAUAAAUCAUCACCACCACCAUCAUAAUGAAAAAGAUGAAAUUCAAAAUCUAAAUAAUCAACGUCACCAGUACAAUCAUGCUAGUCACAAUCAUCACAAUCGUAACAAUCAUGAUCGUAAUAAUCAUAAUAUUCGUAAUUAUAAUCAUAAUAUUCGCAAUUAUAGUAUUGAUAAUAAUGACGAUAUUCAUGAUUAUAAUGAUAAUAAUUCAAAUGAAGUACAUACUCGAGUGAAUCGUGUGUUGAGUGUAGUAACAAGCGAGAACAAUCGUCGGAAACAAAUUGCCCUUACACACAAUCCAAAUUGCAAACCAACAUUGAAGUUUGAGGAUUUUGUGGCUGAACUUAAACGUUCCCAUCGUAUUCCAGUGGCAUUUGGUACAUUACGUGAUAUGCGGUUUGCAUAUAUGCUUAAAAUCUUGAGUAAACAAUGUUAUGACCGGGUUUUGGCAUCAAAUAAAACAACUAAUGUCACAGAGUUUUAUCGAGCUUGUCAAGAAGCUUGCGAAGAAAAUUUCACUGAUGAACAAUUGGAAUCUGCAUUGCCUUGGUUGGAUCUUAAAGCAAAAAUGUAUUAUAAGCAGCAGCAGUAG